GUUCCUAACCUCAAAGUUAUAAUGAAUCCGUGGCUGGAAAAUGACGACAGAAGCAAUCUCAGAACUGAAAUAGGCUUUGAAGACAACUUCCAACCAGCACGAGCAACAAGUGAACGUCUUCCGGAUUCCAAGGAAUAUCUCGACAGAUUAGAAUCCAAAUUGAGGCGUAUUAAGAACAACCCGGACGUCCUUCGUCAGUUAGCUGAGAAGCGUGAAGCUUGCCUCCAGAGUCUCCUUGUGGAUUGCAGUGAGGAAGUUCAGGCAAAUCGCGAUAUUGAUCUGAAUCUCGACGCUCCAGUGGGGAAUCCGGAUUUUCGAGCAGCGCAGGAGAUUGCUCGAUUCCUGCGUCCUGAACAGGCACUAUCGGUGGGGGAAGUAGUGCACCUUGUGAAGCACGAUCAUCUGCAGAUUGAGAGUGAAGAGGAGGAGCAACAGCAGCAGCAGGCUAAGGAGGCCGAAGGGGAAUCUGACGGAAGUCGCUGAGAAGACAACAUUGCGGGCAAUAUGAUGGAUUCCACCUUCGGUCAGACUUUUAUGUUCCUCACAAAGCUCGCAUGGAAUAGCCGGACAACACUCCCUCUCCUCAUAACAGCCGUCUUCCUGGCCAUGGAUUUCC